GGCCACACACCGGUCGCUCGCAAUGUCUUCAUAUAUAGUCCACAGGUACGCAUCCAAGAUCCAUUAUCUAGACCAUUGCGAGAAUCAAAGUCUAUAAGCGUGCAUCCUCGUCUUCACACUCUCUCUCUCCCUCUCUCUCCCUCCUAGUCGCACAUCAUACUCACCCUCUCCAACUCCGCCUCGCCCAUUUCCAAAGCAUAGCUGGACUUGCUUUGACCCGUCGCUCAUUAUUAAUAAGUUAAUCAGUCCCCGGCCUCGCCAAUAGCCUUCGCUACAGAUCCUAGUCGCUCAUCGCCGCAAUAAAGGACCACACCACACACAGUGCACUUUCGACCCGACUCCACACUUGGUCCGAGCCCCCAACAUCACCUGCCAGGUACAAAUGUCAACUCAACCCCCCAACUCGCAAUUGAAUAGAUCAAACGUCACAAUGGCGGUCUCUCAACCCAAACAAAAGCCAGCUCCAAAGGCAAAUUCCAAUCCAGCAACCAAAACCAAGAUGCAGAUGCACCGAAGAUCAAGAACAGGUACGUUCUAUUGUUCCUCACGGAUAACUGUCGCUUCUCGGUAGUUCUCGACUAACUCAUGUGAAAGGCUGCUACACAUGCAGACUUCGACGGAAGAAGUGUGAUGAGGGUUCUCCAUGCUGCACCGCAUGCAAACACCUCGGCCUUCGAUGUGAAUACAAGAGACCCAUGUGGUGGAGCAACAAUGAUCAACGUCGGUGUCAGAAAGAUAACAUUAAGAUGAUCAUCAAGCGAAAGAAGUUGUUGGAGAAGACAAACACUACCACCCACCAAGUGAUGGCACCGGGGCCAGAUUCUCCACCAGGACUAUCACAUUCGUUACCUACCUCAGCAACCUUUACCGAUCCUUUGGAUCGUACUCGAUCAGCUUCAAUCGACUCUUCUCUCUUCGACUUCAGUCAACAACCACACAUUGAAGACUACACAGCAUACAAUGCACAGAUGCACUCAUCACACUCACAAUAUGCUGCCAUGUAUCCAGGAUUCUCUCCAUAUGAGAUUGAUGUCAAGACGGAAAGACAAAUGUUCGUCAAUGAUAUCCCAACGCGACGCGAAUCCACCGUUUCCACCUUUAGUACAUUCCACCCACCACCACCAGAGCAAAUGCUUCCAUCAUACCCAGCAGAGAACCCAUGGGAUGGACUUUACGGUGACCGAAGAGAAUCGCUAGCAGAGGAGGCCUUGAACAUGAACAUGUUUGACUUUGCCCAUGGACCACCAUCAACAGUCCGCCGAGUAGCAAUUGAACUAGACGAGAGCGACCAGAGACUUCUAGAUCACUUCAUCUCAGACGUUCUCCCAACCAUCUUCCCAAUCCUCGAGACAAACCAGCACGGUUCUGCACGGUCAGACUACAUUCUCCCAGCGCUGCAAAGCAAUAAGGCAUACCUUCACUGCUGUCUCAGUAUCUCGGCUCAGCACUACAAAUCCAUGAUGAACAUCCAAGGCGACCAAAUCGACGACGACAUCGUACGCCACAGAUAUGCCACCAUUUCCGAGCUCUGUGCCGCUCUCAAUCGAGACACUGACCACCAAGGUAUCCUAGAAGCAACGCUUGGAAUGAUUUUCUUCCAAUGCUCCGUCGGGCGCCCAGAAGACAACCUCCCAGAUGUCCCAUGGCAUCAACACUUCCAAGCGGUGGCUGAGUUGGUCGCUAAACUCGACCUCGAUAGACAGGUCCUCGAGUCGCAUGAUACGAAACCUUUUAAUAUGACUCUCACCUCCAUGAUCGACAUCCUCGGGUCCGCACUACAAGGGAAAUCACCAAAGUUCGCACACACCUACCGCGAAAAAUACCAGAGUUCGCACGACUCCUCGCUUGGUCUACGCGAGCUCAUGGGGUGCGAGGAUAGAGUCAUGUACCUCAUUUCCGAGAUUGCAUGUCUAGAGAACCUCAAGAGGGACGGCAUGGACGACGACCAACUUUUCCUCCACAUCGAGGGUCUAGGUCACGGCAUCGGACUCACAGAAAUGGAAGAUUGCGCGCCACGCUACCCAUGGAACUCGAAUGGUGUCCUCUCCCCCAAGCAACUCAGCAAAAACAUGACGGCCGCCUUCCGCCUCGCAGCACGCAUCUACCUCUGCAGUCUCGUGCCCGGCUUCCACCCCUCGCAGCCGCAGGUCGUCGCGCUCGUGGAGAAGCUGACGCAGGCGUUGGAGUUUGUGCCCAGCGGCAUGAACGGCUUCGAUCGCUCGCUGAGCUGGGUGUACCUCCUCGGGGGCUCGGUGUCGACCGGCGCGUCGCCGUUCCGGGGGUUCUUUGAGGAGCGCGUCGCGCAGCUGGGGGAGCUGGCGGAUCUGGGCAGUUUUGGACGCGUGAAGAGCUUGUUGAGGGAGUGUUGGGGUCGGAAUGAUGCGAGGUAUGUGGAGGGGGAGGGGGCGUCGUAUGUCUCCUGGCGAGAUGUUAUGGCGGAUAAGGGGUGGGAUUUCUUGUUGAUCUAGAUUUUCUUGCUUCUGCUUUCCUUGCUCUGGAAGAGGAUUUGGUGGUGGAAGACGACACUCUUUGGCGCGAGCCUGUUGGGACGUGGGAUUCGGUGAUUUGAUGGAACCCCUUUUUUCUUUCUUUUUUGAUAUAUGGUGUUUUUUGGGUGCAUGGGAUAAAAGGAUGGAUGGGAUGGAUGGGAUGGGAUUGGAUGGCAAAGGAUAUGAUAUGAUACCCACGACUGAGACAGCAGCGGACACACAGAGACAGACAGACAGAAAGAUACUCUCCCUUUCUUUUUUUCGUAUACCACGAACGAGGGUGGAUAUUGUAAUAUUUUUUUGGAGCAUCAUGGAUGGGGGUUGGGGGCAUAUACUGAACCGGCGUUUUCUUUUCAUGGGAUAUGAAUGAGAGGGACGAACGAGAGGGAUGGAAUGAAAUUACUUGGGAGGAGAUGUUCUUGAUGAAUGAAAUGAGAAGAAGAAUGGAAGUGGAUGGAAUGGGAUGGGAUGCAGAAAAUCUUACUAUAUAUACCAUUUGGAGUUGAGCGUUAUGCUCCUCCUUUUUUUCUGGGGGUUUUCUUUGCGCAAUAUUUAUAUACACCUUCUCGAGAGUCUCAUUUUUUCUAAUGGCUUGAUGUCCUGUUUUGGGUUUGCUGGUUUCUCUCUAGAUAUAUGGGGCUGCGAAGCCGAGUCUCAUACUGGAUACGAGAUGGAUGGGGUGUUUAGGGAUUUAAGAAUACCAGUUUAGGAAUCAAAUAAUUCAGAUAAUCCGUUU